AUGUCUCCCGACACCACGACGCCGUACCCGGGCUUUCCUCACCCAGACCCUUGUCUAUCAUUCUGGCUGCAAGGGACCCGUUCUUCUCCUCUUCUGGGCCACAGGACAACUGAAACUCUGCCCGAAAGCGCAGAGGUCGUGAUCAUCGGGUCUGGUUUGAGCGGCGCCGCGACGGCAUACUUCUUGCUUACAUCUCCGAAUCCACCAAAGAGUGUUGUCGUUGUCGAGGCGAGGGAGGCUUGUCACGGCGCAACGGGGAGGAAUGGAGGCCAUUGUAGACCGGAUUGCUAUCGUGGCUACAAGGGCUACAAGACGCAGUUUGGCAGGGAGCAGGCGUUGAAGAUCUUGCAGAAUGAGAUGGAUACGCUCAACCUCGUCACGGAGAUCGUUAAGAAAGAGAAUGUCGAUUGCGAUUUCUGGCGUGGAAUGUCAUACGACGUCGCGAUGGACCAAUCCUGCGCCGAUAACUUCCAUGCUGCUUUCGAGGAAUUCAAGGCUGACGGUGGUAAAGUUGAGGGCGUAGUGGAAUGGGUUUCGGACGCUGAUCUUGCGAAGCAGCGUACGAGAUGCCCCUCUGCUCAUGCCGCAGCCCACUUCCCCGCCGCCUCGCUCUGGCCAUACAAGCUCGUCCAACACCUCCUCACUAUGCUCAUCGAGAAGCAUGGCCUAAACUUGCAGACAAACACAGUCGUAGAGAGCGUUGAGGCGAAGGAUGAUGGCUCACAUAUCCUGCAUACACCUCGUGGCACCCUCAGCGCCCAGAAGGUGAUCUACUGUUCGAACGCCUAUACCGCUACGCUUCUCCCCGAGUUCAAGGGAAAGAUCGCCCCGUUCAGGGGACAGUGCAGCGCGAUCGUUCCGACAAGGGCGGUCAGCGGAACGAAGAUGUUGAAGGAGACGAUGAGCUAUCGAUGGGGUCUGAACGACUUCGACUACAUGAUCCAACGCCCCAAAGACGGAAUCAUCAUCCUCGGUGGUGGGCGUUGGAAAGCUCCCAUCGAGCUGUCCAUACCCCAGACCGACGACAGCAUCAAAAUCCCCGAGUUCACGAAGCAUCUGAGCGAGGCGAUGCCGGGGUACGUUACGGGCUGGAAGAGGAAAGAAGCGUUGAAUGAGGGGUUGUUGGUGGAUUGGACGGGCGUCAUGGGGUAUACGCCAGAGGCGGUCCCGUAUGUGGGUUCGUUGUCGCAUUUGGGGAGGACGAAUGAGUUUAUCAAUGCGGGGCAUUCGGGCCAUGGAAUGGCCCGCAUCAUGACCUGCUCCCGCGGUCUGGCACAUGCGAUCCUCAACCCUUCGGCACCGUUUACCUUCGAGGAGACGGGAGUCCCGGAGUGCUUCGAGCCUACCAAGGAGAGGUUGGCGAUGAGUAAAGUCAGCGUGGAAGAUAUGUGGCGGGAGGUAGGCAAGGGCAAGAGGGAGAUGAUGCAUUAA